UACACUCGUCAAUUUAACGAUUGGCCAUAUUCAAGUGAGUGGUGAGUUCUAAUUAUUAAGGUAUAUGGCUGCCUCCACUUUGAUGAUCUGUAGUAGUGCUGCGAUGAGCACCAACGGUGCUACUGCAGCUGGCGCCUUACUGCACUCAUCUCCUCCAUCAACCGCAGCUAGAUUCGUACCGUCGUCUCAAACCAUGGCGAUGAUGAUCAAGAAGGCUGGAGCAAUAACCGGUUCGACCACAGAUCGCAGCAUCCAUUUCGGAGGACGAACCUUCGGCAAGGCUGGAGCUGCGGGUUCGACCGGAGGUGACGGCAGCCUAAUUCCAUGGGACGUAUUCGGCAAGGCCGGAGCUACUCGUUCGAGCACAGAUCACAUCAUCGACAAGGCUGGAGCUGCUGGUUCGACCGGAGGUGAUGGCAGCCUGAUUCCAUGGGACGUCUUUGGCAAGGCCAGGACAACUCGUUCGACCACAGAUCACAUCAUCCAUGUCAGCAAGGCUGGAGCUGCUUGUUCGACCGGAGGUGACGGCAGCCUGAUUCCAUGGGACGUAUUUGGCAAGGCCGGGGCUACUCCAUAUCACAUAGUCAAUGACAGCAAGGCUGGAGCUGGUUCGACCGGAGGUGACGGCAGCCUGAUCCCAUGGGACGUAUUCGGCAAGGCCGGAGCUACUCGUUCGAUCACAUAUCACAUCAUCCAUGACGGCAACGUUGGAGCUGCUGGUUCGAGCGGAGGUGACGGCAGCCUGAUUCCAUGGGACGUAUUCGGCAAGACCGGAGCUGCUGGUUUGACCGGUGGUGACGAUGUUGUCAUUUUCCGCCUCGGGCUUUUCGGCAAGGCUAAAAAGGCUUGAAGCGGCGGCAAAAUUGAAACGGAUGGUGUUGUUAAUUUCAACCGGAGGUAGUAACUAACGCCUUGCGGCUCGUCUUUUGUGCCAUCCGUUUACGAUAUAGAUGUCACAUGUGUGUUCUCUCCUUUAUCUUUAUGCUACCUAUGCUACCUGUUCGUAUUUGUGAAGGUUUUCCUUCAAUUGUUUCCUUUAUUAUUGUUGAGAGACCAUUUAGGAUCCGAUGGCUAAAUCAUGUGAAGCCAAUUAAGUAGAUCCAAUAUUAUUCCUAGUUUCCUACACGAUUAUUUAUGUUGCGUAUGGUUUGUUAUUUGAUUGUAAGAAGUUUGUGUAUUUACCUGUAAUUUUCAAUAUUCAAUAAAAGCAAAGGGAGAGU